AUGAGUUUAGAGAAACAAAUUACACAAGUAGCCAAUUCUAUGAACUUGCGUCCCCAUGGUGGGUUGCCCGGUGAUACUGAACCCAACCCCAAGCAACUGAAUGCGGUGAGUAUUAGAAGUGGGUUACAACUAGAGGAACUAGCUCCAAAGAAAAGAAAUAUUGAGGCAGGUACUAAAGAAAAGAAAGUGGAAGAAGUAGUAAAGAGCUCCAAUGUUGAGGUACCCGUUCCUCAAAAGAAACUACCACCUCCGUUCCCACAAAGGCUCAGAAAGAAGAAUGAGGAUGAAUGUUUUGGUAAGUUUCUAUCUCUCCUUAAACAAAUUCACAUUAACCUACCUUUGGUUGACAUGUUGCAGGGUAUCUCGAAGUAUGCAAAGUAUGUAAAGGAAAUAGUGGCUAACAAGAGGAGGCUCUCGGAGUACGAAAUUGUGGCAAUUACUGAGAAGUGCAGCUCUAGAAUCCAAAAUAGACUACCCAAAAAGUUGAAAGAUCCGGGUAGUUUUACUGUGCAGAUUACAAUUGGGCAAAGUGUUCAUGCCUGCGGGUCCAUUGCUAGGCCAGAAGGGGUAGUAGAAGAUGUCUUCGUACAAGUAGGUUCCCUGAUUUUCUUGGUAGAUUUUGUGGUCUUAGACUUUGAACCUGAUUCUGAAGUUCCAUUCAUCUUGGGACGUCCAUUCUUGGCCACGGAGAGGGCAUUGAUUGAUGUAGCAGCCGGACAAUUAACCAUGAGGGCACAUGAUAAGGUUGAAGUGUUUGAUAUUUAUCGCGUUUUAAAAUUGCCUUCUAGCUAUGAAAAAUUGGCUGCUAUUACGGUUGUAGACUACCUAGUAGAGUCACAAUCAGUUGUGCCAGAAGAUCUCUUAGAAAGAGUGUUAAUGAGUCAUGAGGUGGAUGGAGAUACUAAGGCCCAAGAGAUAGAAACAUGUUUGAAUAUGGCACUUGUGAAGACUCACAAGCAUAGAGUCGAGUCAUUAGAUCGUGAGUUAGGACCUCCACCAAAGCCUUUAAUAGAAGAAGCUCCCAAGCUGGAGUUAAAAACGAUGCUUGCUCAUCUAAGGUAUGCAUUUUUGGGUACUAAUAAAACUUUGCCUGUUAUACUUUCUGCAGAGUUGUCUGAAAUACUGAUGCGGCAUUGA